UUCAGUGUCUCUGAGCGGCCACUGUGCGUGUCGUUGCAGCGCUCUGCCAAGAUGCCCGAGGAGACCCAGACCCAGGACCAGCCCAUGGAGGAGGAGGAGGUGGAGACCUUCGCCUUCCAGGCGGAGAUCACGCAGCUGAUAUCCCUGAUCAUUAACACCUUUUACUCGAACAAAGAAAUUUUCCUGAGGGAGUUGAUUUCCAAUUCGUCCAAUGCUCUGGACAAAAUCAGGUAUGAAAGCCUGACAGACCCCAGUACUGACUCCGGCAAGGAGCUGCACAUCAACCUCAUUCCAAACAAGCAAGAUCGCACCCUCACCAUCGUGGAUACUGGGAUUGGAAUGACCAAGGCCGACCUGAUCAAUAACCUCGGCACCAUAGCCAAGUUGGGCACCAAGGCCUUCAUGGAGGCUUUGCAGGCAGGCGCUGACAUCUCCAUGACUGGCCAGUUUGGUGUGGGUUUCUACUCUGCUUACCUUGUUGCUGAGAAAGUGACUGUGAUCACCAAGCAUAACGAUGAUGAGCAGUACGCCUGGGAGUCCUCAGCAGGAGGGUCCUACACUGUGAGGACAGACGUGGGUGAACCUAUGGGCCAAGGAACAAAGGUUAUCUUGCAUCUGAAAGAAGACCAAACUGAGUACUUGGAAGAAAGAAGAAUAAAAGAGAUUUUGAAGAAGUAUUCACAGUUCAUUGGUUAUCCUAUUACUCUUUUUGUGGAAGAACAAGAUAAAGAAGUGAGUGAUGAUGAGGCUAAAGAAAAGGAGAACAAAGAGGAAGACAAAGAAAAAGAAGAAAAGGAGUCUGAUGACAAGCCUGAAAUAGAAGAUGUUGGGUCUGAUGAAGAAGAGGAAGAAAAGAAGGAUGGUGACAAGAAGAAGAAGAGGAAGAGGAAGAAGAAGUAUAUUGACCAAGAAGAACUGAACAAAACAAAGCCCAUCUGGACCAGAAACCCUGAUGAUGUUACUAAUGAGGAGUACGGGGAGUUCUACAGGAGUGUCACCAACGACUGGGAGGAUCACCUGGCAGUGAAGCAUUUUUCCGUGGAAGGACAGUUGGAAUUCAGGGCUCUUCUUUUUGUCCCACAGCGAGCUCCUUUUGACUUAUUUGAAAACAGAAAGAAGAACAACAUCAAGUUGUAUGUCCGCAGAGUUUUCAUCAUGGAUAACUGUGAGGAGCUGAUCCCCGAGUAUCUGAAUUUCAUCAGAGGGGUGGUGGACUCUGAGGAUCUCCCUCUAAAUAUUUCUCGGGAAAUGUUACAGUAGAGCAAAAUUUUGAAAGUCAUUAGAAAGAAUUUGGUAAAGAAGUGCUUAGAGUUGUUCACUGAACUCACAGAGGACAAGGAGAACUACAAGAAGUACUAUGAGCAGUUUUCUAAAAACAUAAGGCUUGGCAUACAUGAAGACUCUCAGAAUUGGAAGAAGCUUUCAGAACUGCUACACUACUACACAUCUGCUUCUGGGGAUGAGAUGGUUUCUCUCAAGGACUACUGUACUAGGAUGAAGGAGAACCAGAAGCACAUCUAUUACAUCACAGGUGAAACCAAGGACCAGGUAGCUAACUCGGCCUUUGUGGAACAGCUCCAGAAGCAUGGCUUCGAAGUGAUCUACAUGAUCGAGCCCAUUGAUGAGUACUGUGUUCAGCAGCUGAAGGAAUUUGAGGGGAAAGCUUUAGUGUCGGUUACCAAAGAGGACUUGGAACUUCCAGAAGAUGAAGAGGAGAAAAAAAAACAGGAAGAGAAGAAGACAAAGUUUGAAAACCUGUGCAAGAUCAUGAAAGACAUCUUGGAGAAAAAGGUUGAAAAGGUGGUCGUGUCAAACAGAUUAGUGACAUCCCCAUGCUGUAUUGUCACAAGCACAUAUGGUUGGAUGGCGAACAUGGAAAGGAUCAUGAAAGCCCAAGCCCUAAGAGACAACUCCACGAUGGGUUGCAUGGCAGCAAAGAAGCACCUGGAGAUAAACCCUGACCACUAGAUUAUUGAGACUUUGAGGCAAAAGGCCGAGGCCGAUAAGAACGACAAGUCUGUGAAGGACCUGGUCAUCCUGCUGUAUGAAACCUCACUGCUGUCCUCUGGCUUCAGCCUGGAAGACCCGCAGACCCACGCGAACAGGAUUUACAGGAUGAUCAAGCUGGGUCUAGGUAUUGAUGAGGACGACCCCACCGCCGAUGACACCGCUGCUGCUGUUAAUGAGGAGAUGCCUCCCCUCAAAGGAGAUGACGACACAUCACACAUGGAAGAAGUCAACUGA